CUUUAGUACUUCCAGGUAUCAACCAUAUCUGGAUUCUCUCCAGUCUGUCAACACCAACCUACAUCGCCCCUCGUACAGCCCCGCAGUCCGCCGGAUAUUCCCCCCGCAUUCGCGAAUGGAAAACCUGCCCGCCUAUUUCAAUCUCGAGCUCUCUUGCCCGCACUUUUCUUUCUUCGCCCACGCUACUCAUUAUGACCAUUUUAACAGCUGCACGUUUGCUCAGAGUCUCCUCUACCAGUGCCCUUUUAUCCUCACACUGGUACUAUAUCGCGGCUGCGACCUUGACCGCAUGCAACCAGCCUCAGGAGUUACCUAAGCUCUACCACUACCUCAUGCUCACCAAUGCGUCGCACACCGUGACUCCCACCCUCGAAGACGCGAAUGAGGCCAUCGUUUCCGCCAAGGCUUACCAGGAGUUGUCUGCCGAAGGGUCUGCCAUGCCGUUGUUUCCUAACUCCGCGGCUCAGCUUACGGUGCAACAGGAACAAACCAACAAGAUCAAGGAUGCGCUCUUGAAGGCGAUCGCGUUGUGCGGGGUUCCGCGCGUGAUUAAUGCGCUCAUGACGUUGAAGACCGCCACACCAAGCGCUCUCCGCGCGGACGAAUUGUCUGUCAGGGCCACAGAAACCGACUCUGCCACGAUCAUCACCGAGAGGGAGCGCGGCUACAAGUUCUGGGACCAGGUGUACGGAAAGAUCAACAACCGUGUAGCACACCAGAUGAGUUCGGCGUACCCAGAUUUGUGGACUUACACCAUUAACCACAUCUACGGUCCGCUUUUAUCGUGCACCGACGUGUUAAGCGCACGCGAGUCGUCGUUGGUGAUCAUCGCGUGCUUGGUGCCACAGGACGUGAACCCCCAGUUGAAGGGACAUUUGAAAGGCGCGCUCAACAACGGGUGCACCUUGGAGGAGAUCAGAGCGGCUCGCGAGUUGGUCAUAGAGAUUUCUGGCUGGUGUGGCGUCAGCUGGAGAAAUGACGUUGCGAAAUUGUAGAGAGGGUGGAUACUGGCCCGUGAUUACUGAAUAUAUACUGGACGGCAAAUGGGUUUGCUCGGUAAUAUCUUAAUUAUUUUACGAGGGUGUAGCUGGGCUUCAUCCUUUGAGAUAGUUUACGGAACGUUUUAUAGAUAUAGUCUUGGCUCGCGUAGUUAUGCUACUUGCUGUAUCCGGAACUGGAGUAUUGUCUACCUAGCUUAAGGUGUACCACCUGCAUGUAUAACACAUAUAUGUAGGUGCCCCCCACCUAUUGCCUUCCCCUUUACUAUAAGGCUCAGUACAGUUUACCUGGAGUAAAGACUAUUUAUCGCCACCUUUUAUCACGAUGGACCAAUAAAU